UAUUGAGUGAUAUUGUGUUGUCAAUAUUUAGGAGCCUGGCCCAAUACUGGUUCAACCUAAUGGGCCAAUAAUGGGCCUGAUCUGAGCCCAACUAGGAUCUUAAAGCAAACUUAAAGCACAGUUUGGGCCUCUGUGGAUCACAUCAGAAGAUUAACACCACGUCAGCUGGUAUAUCUCCGCUCGCGCGUGGACUCCACGGCAUCAAAUUCGACCCGGAUCCGGCUCUAAUAGGUCGGGUUUCUGUUUUCACACUUUUGGAGCUGCACCUGAAGAGAUUGCUCAUUGCCCCGUCGAAGCGGAAGCGCUUGCUGAAGUACAAGAUCGCGGUCAUGGCAAUGGUAGAAAUAGUAACGAUUACACAAAUAGCGUAAAUGAAUAUUGUUCUUUCAAAUCAGUAGCUAAAAUCAUUGUUUCUGUUGAUCCGCUCUUCUCCGAGGACUCUUCGCGUUUUCAAGUAGGAAUUCUACAUAACUAUGGCAGAAGAGUCAAUAUCAUGUAUCUGGCAUGGCUAACGUCCCACCAGCAAGUCUCAUAGACGACUUCCCUGAGCAAAUUGUCGAAAAGAGUCAUUGAUAACAAUCUUCUUAGGGGUGGUCUAUAAGCAUAAGUGAGAAACAAAGUGAAAAAAAUAAGAGAUGCUGGGAUUUUCAUACGGAGAAGUAUUUCUGUUGCUUGGUGCUACUGCUGCUCUUAUUGGACCUAAAGAUCUACCAAUCAUCGCAAGAACACUAGGCAGAUUUGCUGGGCGUUCCAUUGGUUAUGUUCAAUUGGCCCGUGGCCAGUUAGAAAGUGUCAUGCAGCAAUCCCAAGCUCGCCAGGUGCAUAAGGAACUGCAAGAUACCAUGGCUCAACUAGAAGCUAUACGCCAUGAAAUUCGAACAAUCUCUUUCAUGAAUCCUGGUCCACUGACAUCAAGGCUAGUGGACAACAUCAACACUACAGCUGGGGAUAAUACGACUGCAAAUGGACCUCAAAGAUCUGUUGAAGAGAGCACAAUCGUUGAAAAUGGACCUAAAAAAUUUGAUGAAGAGAUUACAAUAGUUGAAAAUAGACUUCAAAAAUCUGGUAAAGAGAGCAAAACAGAUACUAUCACACCUACAGAGCAUAAUUCAAGGAACUCAGCUUUAUCUGAUAUGCACAGCCAAGCAGCUGCUUAUGCGAGAUUGGCAGAGAUGGCUCCUUUGAAAUCUGUAUCUAUAGAGAAAGAAGGUCUGAGUGAACUGACCGAUGAAUCUGGCAGUAUUGUUGUACUUCCUGUCUCUGCUGAAAGCGCAGGAUUGUUGCCAAACCGUAAAGAUGGAGCAAAAGGGUCUGACAUUGUCUUAGAAGCAAUACUGGAGGCAGAUGUGGCAAAGAAUGCCAAAGAAUUUUUCUCACAGCCACAAAACCAAUUAAAAAGUGAAUGAAGAGGUUUACUUUCCAACUUAAAGACCAAUUCUGUAAUCUUUAUUUAUUAAAAGACAACACAUUAGAGGUUUACUAAGUUUAUGGUUCUUUUGAAGCCCUAUAUGUUAGGCUGCCUCGUGUUUAGGCAAUGUGAAUUACAUUGCAUCUAAAAGCAUAGAUUUGCAUAGAAUAGUUUAGUUUGGUAGGUUUGUACUUUUGUUUGGUGAUCCUCUAUACCCAUCCUUUCAAAAGCUCUUAGCAUGUUUAGCUGAUGAUUUUGAUCUAUCAUAGCUUUACUAACUAGUAUGAAAUGCUAUCUUUUCAGUUCUGUAAUCAGCUCACACUUUUGUUUUGUUGGCAUUGCUUGAAAGCUUAAGUA